GACAAGUCGUGCUAGAAUGAGUUCAGUGAAACAAACUACUAUGCACGAAACGCAGCUGUCUGCUUUACCCUAAGAGUACAGGUCUUGGGGGGGAGAUGACUAAGGAGGAUGUGCUUCAGGAGAACUCAGAGGGAGACACUGUCCUGGGGAGAUAUAACAUUUUCCCUCCUGGAACUGAUCGUCCAAUCAUUCACCAAGUGGCAUCAGCUCCCAUGCCUUCUGACUGUGAGUUUACAUUUUUCGACCCUGAUGAGCCCCAAUGUCGGGAGGUUCUCUUGGACCCUCAGACCACAGUGUCUGAACUGUUUGCUGUCCUGAGACAGUGGGUUCCCCAAGUCCAGAAAAACAUCAGUCUCAUUGGCAAUGAGAUUCUGAAGAGGGGCUGUGGGGUCAACGACCGAGACGGCCUCACAGACAUGACUCUGCUCCACUACUGCUGCAAAUCUGGAGCCCCUGGCAUUGGUGACGCGGAGAGGGCUGCGAACUUCGCCCGGCAGCUGUUAGCUCUGGGCGCGCAGCCAUCACUGCGGAGUCGCUGGACCAAUAUGAAUGCCCUGCACUACGCCGCUUACUUUGACGUGCCUCCUCUCAUUCGCGUGGUGCUCCAGGCUUCACAACCUGGAGAGGUGGAUGCCACUUGCAGUGACUUUGACUUUGGUACGGCCCUGCACAUUGCUGCCUCCAAUCUCUGCACCUCUGCCGUUAAGUGUUUGCUGGAGCUGGGAGCUAACCCUGCUUUCAGGAAUGAGAAGGGUCAGUGUCCAGCUGACGUGGUGCCGGAGCCUUCGGACAUGCCCCUGGAGAUGGCUGAUACUGCUGCCCAAGCAAAAGAGCUGCGAGCUUUGCUGAAAGAGGCACUGCCCAGACCCUGUGACCCUUUGCCCCUGCUACCCACACGGCCCUGUGGGCUCCUCGCUGACCAGGCCCGUUCUCAGCUCGCCAGCAUGGGCCUUCGGCUUGGAGAUCGAGUUAUCAUUGCUGGCCAGAAGGUGGGUACCUUGCGGUUCUGUGGGGGUACUGAUUUUGCUGGCGGCCUCUGGGCAGGGGUGGAACUUCCACAGCCAGAAGGAAAAAAUGACGGGUCUGUAGCGGGCGUCCAGUACUUCUCCUGUCCCAUGAAGCACGGUAUCUUUGCUCCACUCUCAAAGAUAAGCAAAGCCUCGGAUCGGCGGCGACCCAACCCACGACUGAACUCAGGUCCCACUAGGCCACCUCGGCGUGUCGACCUGAAUCGAGCUACAUCUAAAGUCAACACAGGUGCUCUUUCUCGCAGCUGUUCAACCUCCUCAUCUUCACUAGACUCAAGACAUGGACCAGGCGCUAGACCCCCUCGCCCAUUACCACGUCAGCGACCCCCCCUUCGCCCUCUCCAGGAACGGUCCCAUCCUAGCUCCAGACCCACACCCCCACCCCCACCUCCACGCUCUAUGACCAGCACACCACGCUCUGGUACCAGAAGCAGGACCCCUUCAGCAAGCAGCUCUGUAUGUGAGGGUCCUGAGGUGCAUUUGGGAGAGCGAGUGCUGGUGGUGGGACAGAGGACUGGCGUUGUCCGUUUCUAUGGCAAGACCAGCUUUGCACCAGGGCUCUGGUUGGGAAUAGAACUGGACAAACCAUGUGGGAAGAAUGAUGGCUCUGUCGCAGGAAUAAAGUACUUUACCUGUCCCUCUAACCAUGGCAUCUUUGCCCCACCAUCUCGAGUACAAAGGAUUCAUGGCUCAGUGGAUUGCCUUGCAGAGCUGUCUUCCUCCAAAUUAAACACUUCUUAUUCGGAAAUCCGUCGCAGUCUUAGCUCAUCCUCAACUAUCUCUGUGCAGAGAGAGCAAACACGCAGGAGUUCAGCCAGCAGGAAUCGCUCAACCAGCCUGCGUCGCCGCUGGACCACGCUGAGUGCUGGCCUUGGGCAAGGCUCUAGCGUGGUUAAUGGGCGUGGGCAGGGAAGUGUGAGUGGUGCCACCACCUCCUCUGGCUCAGACAAUUCAGUAAAACUCCAUCUGGGCAUGCAGGUGCUGCUUAGCAGUGCCAACGAGAUGGGCACCAUCCGUUACAUUGGCACUGCAGACUUUGCCCCCGGUCUCUGGCUAGGCUUGGAGUUGCGCAGUGCCAAGGGAAAGAACGACGGUUCGGUGGGAGGCCGGCGUUACUUCAGCUGCCGUGGUGGGCACGGGGUCCUGGUGCGGCCCAGCCGAGUCACCUAUCGUGGCAUUAACGGGUCAAAGCUGGUGGAUGAAAGCAGCUGAGACACAUUCUCCUCCAGAGAAUGAGGACUCACACUCUUUUUUUUUUUUUUUUUUUCACCCGCCAUUUAGUUUGAGCCAACAUGUGUGAUGUUUAUUUUGUUUUAAGUAAUAAGCAUGGGUUGACAUCUGAUGUCAACAGGCACUUCUAAUAAAUAAAUUAACACGUAAAUCAGUGGCUGUAUGGAAGUGACAAGCAAUAAGGCAUGAGAUGAAUAUUUUGUGUACGGAUUGUUUAUGUCAGCGUAUUUGUUUGUGUGAUAAAGAUUUCGGGGGGGUGUUU